CAGUCACACCAGCGCACAGCAGACAUGGCAGCCGAGCGCACCGGAGCGGCUCUCGAGGAAACGGACGAGGUUCAUUCAUCAGAUUUGGAGUUUCAGGAACACGGUGGUAACAUCCCGAAGAGACAUGCCCGGGUUACCGUGAAGUACAACCGGAAGGAGCUGCAGAGGCGGCUGGACGUGGAGAAGUGGAUCGACGAGAGCCUGGAGCGGCUGUACGCGGGGCAGGAAGGUGACAUGCCAGAGGAGGUGAACAUUGACGACCUGAUUGGCCUGCCUAACGAUGAUGAGCGAGUCAACAAGUUACAGAAGCUCCUUCGAACGUGCAACAACAACACAGAGGCCUUCAUCAGGGAUUUGGUGGUGAAGCUGGAGGGAGUUCACAAGCAGGAGGAGCUACAGAGCGAAGGCAUCGAGCAUCCCAUCAUCAGCCACAGCCACUACCGCCACGAGCCCUACCACUUCAACAACCACCACUAACCCCCCCCCCCCAAACCAGGCUCUCCGAAGACCCCUCCACCCGGACACACUGCUGCAGACUGGCUGUUCUUUUGAACUAUGUAAGGCAAAGACGGACACAACUCACUAACUAAGGCAUUAUAUCUCAAGUGCUCCUGGUACAUAGCCUAGCAAAAAUAAAUAACAACAACAAAGUUUAUGGUCCCAAAAUGUCUAUUCCUAUUUCUUAAACCACUCAUCAAAGAAAUGAAAAUGUUUGACUUAUCUCAUGUGCUAAAUAGUCAAGAAUAUUAAAUGAAAUAGAAAUUCAUUAAUAUAUCAAUACAUCAUAGAAACAAAUAUGUUCUUCCACUCCCAGUAUCGACCUUUAUAUGCAGCACUAUAAGCUGUAACUCACGUUUUCUCGUCUGGAACACACUAUUUUAUCUUGCUCUUAUUGAUAUUAUCCUCCUGUCCCCAAGUUAGAUGCAACAGUUCUGCACUAACUGAUCAAGUCACUGAAUAACAAUAUCAUGUUUAACACUUUAGACACAUAUGACCAAUUAACAUUAGUUAGAUUAUGAUGUCAUGAAUGUUACAGUAUUUAUUGUCAUGUUCACAGUACAUGUGUGACACUGGAAGUAAUCCUGUUGCAUUGCUGACACACUGUUGCUUUUUCAUUCUUUACUGUCAUCCAUCCCUUCUGUUUUUGAGACAUAGUGUUACUACUAUUUAAGUUGCAAAGUGACACUAGUCCUUUCAAUUGCAGGAAUUCUAAAUAAAAAUGUGUUUCUCCGUCGGUU